UUCCAUAUACGACAAGUGGUUUUAAUUGAAGAAGAUUCCGAGUGGAUAUACGACUUGUCGUUUGAAAUCAUUUCUCCUUUUCUUAUCAUCUUUUUCAGCAGCCAAAACUUCAAUUUGUUUUCAAGAGAGCCAACCAUGUCUCUACUUCUUCCCUCCAAGCUUUUCUGCCUCAGUCCCCGAAACGAUAUCCCAGGACUGUGCUAUCCUUGCCGUGGACUACCUCAUACUCGUAGGCAAACACUACGAAUCGUCUGCGCUAAGAGAGCCGGUAAAAGGAGAUAUCCGUCGGAGAAAAAGAAGCUAAAAUUGAAGCAGAAGGAUAUCUUAGCCGAAGUUAAGAGCAGGAACAAGUUCGAGGGUUUAUGGAGGCUGUCCAAGCUCGGAGUUCCGGUCCAUAGGGACCCGGGAAAGGACUUUCUUGGCGUUUCGGAGGGAUUGCUUGAAGCCAUUGCUAAAGUUCUUGAAUUUCCGGUUGCUUCGAUGUUGCCAGCAGAAGCAUUCACAGUGAUUCGGAAAUCUUUUGAUGCAAGGAAGAUGCUAAAGGAGCCCAAAUUUGUAUACGUAGUGGACAUGGACGUUGAGAAACUUUUGAGCUUGGAGCCUCGUACUUGGGACUUCAUUUCUCAGAUGGAGCCUAAAGUUGGGCUUAUAGAACAUUUGUCUGAGGAAAAAGUAACUGGGGACUUGAUCAACAUUAUAAGAGAUUGUAAAAGGAUCUCUAGGGAUACCAUUUCAGGAGAUGGUGGACAUGACUAUAAUUCUGUGGCUAAGGGACCAUUAUCAUCGACAUCCAGAAAACCAAAAAUUGCAGUUGUGGGUAGUGGACCAUCAGGUCUAUUUGCGUGUCUCGUUCUUGCAGAAUUUGGGGCAGAUGUUACAUUAAUAGAAAGAGGUCAGCCUGUUGAACAAAGAGGACGUGACAUUGGCGCUUUGGUUGUGCGGAAGAUUUUAGAGAUGGAAAGCAAUUUUUGCUUCGGGGAGGGUGGUGCAGGUACCUGGAGUGAUGGAAAGCUAGUUACUAGAAUUGGAAGAAAUAGCGACACUGUUUUGGCGGUUAUGAAAACUUUAGUUCAUUUUGGAGCUACAGAAGGAAUCUUGGUUAAUGGGAAGCCACAUCUGGGAACAGAUAAAUUGAUUCCUUUACUUCGCAAUUUUCGGCAACAUUUACUAGAACUGGGUGUUACUAUUGAGUUUGGGAAGAGAGUGGAUGAUCUUCUCAUAGAGGAUGGACAAGUUGUUGGCGUCAAAGUAUCUGAUUCAAAAGACAGAUCACAGUCUAAUAGCCAGAAGUGGGGCUUUGAUGCUGUUGUUUUGGCUGUUGGGCAUUCUGCACGUGAUGUUUAUCAAAUGCUUCUUUCUCAUAAUGUGGCUUUGGUUCCAAAAGAUUUUGCUGUAGGUUUGCGGAUGGAGCAUCCUCAAGAAGUGAUAAACAGCAUACAGUACUCUCGUUUGGCAUCUGAAGUUCGCAGUGGACGUGGAAAAGUACCAGUGGCAGAUUACAAGCUUGUCAAAUAUGUUGGCAGGGAAAAUGGCGAUGUGUCUGCUGGGGCAACUCGAAGUUGCUAUUCUUUUUGUAUGUGUCCUGGUGGGCAGGUCGUGCUCACUAGUACAAAUCCUUCAGAAAUCUGUAUCAAUGGCAUGUCAUUUUCUCGGCGUGCAUCUAAGUGGGCAAAUGCUGCCCUUGUUGUGACUGUCUCAACGAAGGAUUUUGAGUCCUUGAAUCUCCGUGGUCAUCUUGCAGGGGUGGAAUUUCAGAGAGAAUUCGAAAGAAGAGCAGCUAUAAUGGGAGGGGGAGAUUUCGUUGUGCCUGUACAGACAGUUACCGACUUUUUGGAUGGAAAGUUAUCUGUAACAUCUACGCCACCGUCAAGUUAUCGGUUAGGAGUGAAAGCAGCAAAUCUCUACGAGUUGUUCCCGAUUCAUAUAACAGAGGCUUUGCAACAGUCAAUCUCAAUGUUCAAUGAAGAGUUACCAGGAAUAAUAUCCAAAGAGGGCCUUCUUCAUGGAGUAGAGACGAGAACGAGCUCCCCUAUUCAGAUUCCCCGCAGCGCAGACACUUACGAGAGCACGUCAUUGAAAGGAUUGUACCCUAUUGGUGAAGGAGCAGGCUAUGCUGGAGGGAUUGUAAGCGCAGCUGUGGAUGGCAUGUGUGCAGGCUUUGCUGUGUCAAAUGCAUUCGACUUAUGUCAUGAUAGCAUAGAAUCAGUUUUUGGCAAGACUCAGAGUGCUGGCGUUGUUAAAUACUAGUAACAUAUUCGGUCCUGUCUCCCACUGUGGUUUUUAGCGCCCUGCAAAUACAAGCUCCAGCAUCAACGAAUUUGUCGUUGAAGAAAACAUCUGAGCUUGGUAAAGAUUUUUCUCGUAAGCAAGCUUGGGAGUAAUCAAAAUCUCAAGCUGACUGUGACUUAUGCACCGAGAUCUGACGAAUAGCUUUUCGAUUCACUGCAGAUCGAGUUUUUGUAGAUUCAGAAGCCAUCAUCAUGUUGAUCACUGACCUGAUAACAAUAUAAGUUUUCAAGCAUUCAAGCAAUACUUUGCUUCAGUAAGACUCUUGUAAACUUAAACCUUAUAAUAUAUACUCUUACAUUACAAACUUACUGAGACUCGUUUUUAACUUAGGAAUCUAUCAUAGUAUGUAAUUCCACAAAUCAAUUUCUGCGAGUUUGUAUAUGAACAUAAACCAACAAAGCUUUAGAAUUCAAUUUUACUCGUUUAAAUUUUUGGUUUCUUGUA